AUGCCACGUCGUAAAAAAAGACAACAGCAAAUAAGUAGAAUACCUAGAAAACAAGGGCGUUUUGAGACUCAAAAAAAAAUAUCAGAAGUAAUAGAAAUAGAUGAGGCAAUUAAUAAGACAUAUGAAGACAUUAGAGAAAAUGUGAAAGAAGCGAUAACAAAAGUAGGCAAUAUAAAAAAAAGAUCAUAUACUGGAACUUCAAGGUCGACAAUCUGGAGAAAAAAAAAAAACAAAACAAAUGAAAUGAUGGAUAUAUCGUUUAAUAUUGAAAUCCCAACUACUCUACCAUUAUUAUUGCAACCAUCCCAAGAUAUUAUACAAGAUCCGAUAUCACCAAUUGAUACCAGAAUAAGUCUACAUACACGUUUAGAAGAGGUUAAUGAACAAUGUAUAAUAACGAAAUCUUCAAAAGCUAAUAUACCUACCUAUGAUUAUCUGCGCCUUUUGAGUAUAAACAGAUUCAUAUCAUUGUUAUUGGAUGGAAAGAAUAAAAUGGAUGCUAGCAUUCAGGUUGCACGAUCUGUAUGGAACAAGGGUGAUUAUAAGGCAAGAUGUAUCCGAAAAUGGGGAGAUUAUUUCAUACAAACAGGAGAGCUUUUUAUUGAUCACCAAGGAAAGCAUAAAAAACUAAUUGGUUUGUUUGAAGAUAAUAGUUUCUCUAUAAACUGCCAAUCAUGGCUACAACAGCAAAAACCAGAAUUGCGUUCACCUAAAGCCCUUAAGAUAUAUAUCGAAGGAACAUUAUUACCAACACUAGAAUAUAUUAAGAAAGAUACAAUUUCCGAAUCAACAUGCAAAAACUAUAUGAAAAUGUGGGGAUAUAUGUAUAACGAAAAAAGAAAAGGUGUUUAUUAUGAUGGGCAUGAACGACCAGAUGUUGUAAUAUAUAGGAAAGAGUGGUUAAAAAGAAUGUUUACUUAUAAGAAACAUAUGAAGAAUUUUGAAAACGAUAAUGUAAUAGAGUCCCAACUUAAGCCGGAACUUGUACAAGUAACACAUGAUGAAUGUCACUUUUAUGCAAAUGAUAGGCAACGAAAAAUAUGGACCAUAGAAAAUGAAGAAAUAUUGUACUCAAAGUAUCCAGGACGCUCUAUUAUGGUUUCAGCCUUUAUUUGUCCAUGCCAUGGAUUAUUACGAUUAUCUGAUGAGCAAUUGUUGACAAAUCCGCAUAUCAAAUAUAAAGAAACUUUUGUUCUUCGUUCUACACAAACUGAUGGAUAUUGGAAGUCGGAACAUAUGCUGGAUCAGGUUUGA